AUGCAACUUACUAGUAUUCAAGAUUUAAAUCCACAAAGUAUCAUUUUUAAUGAAGCAAAAGAGUAUAAUAUUAAAGAUUCGAAAAUUAAAUACAAACGAAUUCCUAUCGAAACAGUUUAUCCAAAUGGAAAAAAAGGUAGUUUAGUUAUUGAAACUCCGUUUCUUUUUUCUUUUGGAGUAAAUGAAAAGAAAGACCAAAAUACAAACAAGUUAGUAGGUUAUAGCAUUCCAGUUUGCUUAUGGGAAAAAGAUUCCAGCCCAAAUUUGAAGGAAGACCAAUUUUAUAAAUUUUUAUGCAAACUUACAGACAUUUGUCAAAAAUAUUUAGAAGAAGAAUAUGGACCUGAUCUUGCUUCUUCUUUAUCUGAACCAUUAUACUAUAAACAGAUUGAAUAUACAGACAAAAAAGGCAAAAAGAAAACAAAAAUAGACCCCUCAGCUGCACCAGUUCUUUAUGCAAAACUUAUUUACUCGGAAAAACUAAAAAAAAUUCUUUCACUUUUUCAUGUGAAAGGUAAGAAAAAAGUUAAUCCUUUUAAUUAUCUUAACCAGUAUUGUAAUGUUAAAAUGGCUUUGAUUAUUGAAGGAAUAUUUAUUAGCAAAACUGUUACAUCUUUACAAAUUAAAGUACAUGAGUGUUAUAUUAAAGAAUUAAAACCCAGAGAGUCUUUGUUAACAAUUGAAGAAGAGGAUGAAGCAAGUGAAGAAAAAUUAAAAGUAAGUGAUAGCGAAGCGAGUGAAGUAAGUGAUACUGAGGAAAAUAUUGAAGAUUUAGUUAUUUCAGAUAAAGAAGUAACUGAGUAA